AAAAUUGAUAUUUUUAUUUCGUUAAACUAAGUUGCAGCUCAGAAUAGGUGUUAGCUUACUUUUAUUAUAUUAGUAAACGAUAUAAUUAUGUUUAAACUUGGUAUAUUUUUAUUAAUACCGUAUUUUUACUUUAUCAAAUGCGAACCUAAUAUCCCUAUAGUAAUUACAACUUGGAACUUUCAAAACUCCACUGUUAAAGCAUGGGAGGUGUUGAAAACCGGUGGUAAAGCAUUAGACGCCGUGGAGCAGGGGGCGUCGGUGUGCGAGGCACAGCAAUGCGAUGGUACUGUGGGCUACGGGGGGAGUCCUGACGAAGAUGGUGAGACUACUCUGGAUGCUCUUAUCAUGGAUGGGAAGACAAUGAAUGUUGGUGCAGUAGGUGCUCUGCGUAGAGUCAAAAACGCUAUAUCAGUGGCGAGACAUGUCCUGGAGCACAGCUACCACUCUUUCCUCGUCGGGGAGUUGGCCACGCAAUUUGCAGAGCAGAUGGGCUUCCCUGUGGAGUCUCUCACUACUCCUAAAUCCAAGGAAAUGUGGAAAAAAUGGAGAAAUGAAGAUAAUUGUCAACCAAAUUUUUGGAUGCAUGUCACACCAGACCCACGUCAAAGCUGUGGGCCAUACUCAAAGAUAACAGGUAGACACCAGCAUUCAACUAGAGACCAGAAAGUGGACCAAUACAACCACGACACCAUCGGGAUGGUUGCAGUGGACAAGCAUGGGGAUGUUGCCGCUGGGACUUCUACUAACGGAGCCAAGUUUAAAAUGCCAGGAAGAAUUGGUGACUCUCCAAUCCCGGGCGCGGGCGCGUACGCGGACAACGCAGUGGGCGGCGCCGCGGCCACCGGCGACGGCGACGUCAUGUUGCGCUUCCUGCCCAGUUUCCUAGCCGUAGAAGAGAUGCGUCGCGGCGCGUCGCCGGCCGCCGCGGCCGCAGCGGCCGUGGCCCGCGUGGCGGCGCGCCUCCCGCGCUUCACGGGCGCCGUCGUGGCGCUGGCCCGGGACGGCGCGUACGGCGCCGCCUGCCACGGCAUGCACCAGUUCCCGUUCGUCGUGUUCGAUCAUUCGGCCGAGAAAUCUAGAACUGAACAUGUGUUGUGUUCCUAAAAAAAAUCACGCAUCUUACUUAAUUCAAAUUCCUAAAGGGCCAAUUACAUCCACAUGCAAACGGGCCCUAUGUUGGACCCGAGUAAGAGUAUUUUUCCGUUUCACCAAAUAUCAGCACUUACAAUAUUCGACAUGUAAAAAAUACUUUGUCUCUAAUUGCCAAAUUUUUUCAAUGUUUGAUAUUUUUGCAUAAAAACCAUUUUUUAAAAUUUCAAAUAUCGUAACGAUGUGCUGAUAUUCUAUGAAAUGGAAAACGAUUAUCAGGCCCGAAUUCGGUGCUUGAGCGCCAAUUACAACAUCGUUAACAAUAUUUGAAAUUUAUAAAAUACUUUGUUUCUAAUUGCCAAAAAUAUUCAAUGUUUGAUAUUUUUGCAUAUGAACCAUUUUUUACAUUUCAAAUAUUGUUAACGAUGUGCUAUAUUCCGUGAAACGGAAAAAUACUCUUGCUCGGGCUCGACGUCGGGCCUGACAUCAGGAAGUGUAAUUAGCUCUUAAGGAUCCUAGUUGGAACGACUGUAUUAAGUAAGGUGAGUAAGCGUUUUAGCCUUGUUCUGAAAUGAAGAUUUUAGCCCCCAAUAUCUGGGAUAUAUACAAAUUUAAUUGUACGUAGUUAUAAAAUAUAUGGUGCUUCUGUUAUAA